AAUCCCUUUGGAACCUUCGCUCUGAUUUUGAACCUUUUGUGCUUCGAGCCGGAGGAACGGAACUCCACUGUGGAGAUGCUGCUGCUGCUGUUUCUGUUGCUGAGCACAUUGGCCAACAGUGACGGUGAAGGGACAAACAAUUCCUUGGUUCUGAAGAGGACUCAGCGGGACCUUCAAAACUAUAGACUAGUCAGAGGACCCUGUGAUGAAAACUGGUUUUAUUUUCCUCCUUUAAACUCCUGUUACCGGUUUUUCAGUGACAAAAGGGCAUGGAUGGCAGCUGAGGAGUUCUGUAAUCAGCUCCCACAUUCUGGACAUGUGGCGUCCGUGAUCUCAAGCAUCCAUGACAACUUCAUUUCUGAUGUGGUCGGUGCUGUGGAUGAAAGCAAGCCAUGGGCAUGGAUUGGCCUGAAUGACAGAUCACAGGAAGGGAAUUUCACAUGGAUUGACGGAUCUUUGUACAGUUACCGAAACUGGGCUCAGAAUGAACCCAAUGAUCGUGGACACAAUGAAGACUGUGUGACCAUUCAUUAUUCAAGGAUGAACAAUUCCUCGGAAGUGGAGGAGACUCAACAAGACCCUGGGAAACCCGAUAAUCCCUGUGAUAAAAACUGGUUUUAUUUUCCUACUUUAAAAUCCUGUUACCGGUAUUUCUGUAACAGCAGGGCAUGGCAGGAUGCUGAGGAGUUUUGCAAUCACCUCCCACAUUACGCACAUCUGGCAUCCGUGAUCUCAAGCUCCCACAACAGAUUCAUUUCUAGGGUGAUUGACACUGUGAACAGCAACAAACCAGAGGCUUGGAUUGGACUGAAUGACAUAUGCAAGGAAGGGACUUACAUGUGGAUUGAUGGAACUGACUACGCUUAUCGAAACUGGGGCAAGGGUGAACCUAAUGAUUACGGCCACCAGGAGGACUGCGUGAAUGUUAAUCAUUUCCGUGAUGGAACUUGGAACGAUGCGCCCUGUAACAAGAAAAUUGGUUUUGUUUGCUCAUACUUACUGUACUCCAAUUAAUACUACAGAGCCAUCCACUCAUUCUUUCCAGCGGUGGGUUCAGUGUUGUGAUUUCUUUGUAACCACUCUCACUGUCUGUGAUGACUGUACUCACUUAGUUUCUCAGUUAAAAAUAAAGAGAACUAAAUCCUGAGUUGUGUGUUUGUUGCUGUGUGAGUCCAGUUUCCAGCAGUUUUCCUGUCCCAUUGUAGU